CCUGGUGGCUCAUCAGUGUCUGGUGUGUUUGUGUAGCGUAGGUGGCUCGCGCCUCCUCACACGGAUAUAUCAUCCACGUCCACUCUACCUCAUGGAUUCUACUACCGUGUACCUCCAUACCACCGUGUAACCCGUCUUAGUGUAGUAUAACCGUUGCGGAAAAUGUCCAUCGCGAGUGCUGGAUAAUACCGCCUUGUAUUAAAAAUAUAACCACUCCCCUUUUGGCGGAGUAUACAGGCCAUGCGUGUGUCAUUAACCAAGGCUAAGAUCAUCCAGGCAUGAGUUCUCGAGGACUUGUAUGCUAAUAUAUCAAGAUUUGAGCGUGUAUGUGCGAGUGUGUGUCUGGGUGCUCGUGUAACUAAGAGCUGUCAGCAGCAGCAGCAGCAGCAGCAGCAGCAUGAGGCAGACAGUAGCCCUGUGUGUGGUGGCGGCGGUUAUAUCCACAGUGGUGACAUUCGACGUGGGUGUCAAGUCCACGAAGUGCAAUUUAGAUCCCAGCAAGGGAGAGCUAAAUGACCCUUGCAUGUCAUUAUAUGAUGGUGUAUGUGGAGGGAAGUACUGUACCUGUCCAGAGGGGAAACAUGAAGACAAGAAUCUGAAGAUCUGUGUGCCUGGCGAGGCCCCCAAGACUAAAACUGGUGGCUCACAGGCAGGAGGAGGUGGUGGUGACCUUUUUGACCUUCCCUUUGACUAUGAGCCCAACAAGCCUGCCCCUGCCCCUGGCCCUGUCCCAGCACCAGCCCCAGCCCCAGCACCUCAACCAAGACCACCUUCUCAACCCAGACCCCCACCUCAACCAGAGCAGCCUCAACCAGGCCGACCUCAACCAGGUCAACCUCAACCAGGUCAGCCUCAGCCAGGUCAAUACCCAAAUUACCCCGGUUACAAUCCUAACCAACCCGGAUAUAAUCCAAAUCAACCAGGUCACUACCCAAAUCAACCAGGUCAAUACCCAAAUCAACCAGGUUACAAUCCUAAUCAACCAGGUUAUAACCCAAAUCAUCCUGGCCAGUACCCAAAUCAACCAGGAUAUAACCCCAAUCAGCCCGGAUACAAUCCAAAUCAACCAGGUGUUCGUGGUCCAACUAGAGGUAGUGCUGGUGGCAAUGAUAUAGGCGAGAAGGCUGGGGGUAGUGUAGGUGGUAUUCUGGGCCUCCUCCUCAUCGGCGGCCUCCUUUACUUCUGCUGUUGCCGCGGAGGGAAGCACAAAGAAGUGAUGAACAGGUUCCAGGGGUUGCCAUUUAUGCGUGGAGGAGGUGCACAAGCACCAGGAGGUGCUGUACAGAUGCAGCAGAGUGCUUAUGUUCAACAAGAUCCCAACUUUGGUGCACAGCACACCUACAUCCCCCCAGGCACUGAGGUACAGCCAGGCCAGUAUCCACCUCAGCAGCCAUACCCAGCAGGUGGCAUAUAUCCAGCCGCUCCAUAUGCACCACAGCCCGGGUAUGCUCCAUACCCACCUGCAGAUGGCGGGCCUCCUACGCAGCCUUAUCCACCACAGCCUAACCCACCUUACCCACCUCAGGCUGCACCUUAUGUGGCCACUGCUCCUCCAGGUUACACAGCAGAUGGCCAGCAACCUCCGCCCUACACCCAGCAGUACCAGCCUAAUGCCCAACCACCUCAGUAGAUGCAGCCUUUAAAAAAUGUCAUGUACAGUAUGUAGGUUUUGUGAAUAAUGUUUUUUUGGUGUCAUUUGUCAUGGGAAAUACCGAGUAUAUUUUUUGUUUUUUGUUUUUGUUUUUAGGUACUAUAAUGGAAUUACUGUAUAAUACAUUACACUUUUCUAUUCAAUUUUCUCAGAAAGUCGAGAUUUAACAUUUUUGUUCAUUCAUUGUUACAUACAAAAGUCUAAUUUGCUCAUUUGGACUUAAUGUUGGAAAAAUACAACUAUAUGGUCGUAUUGGUGUAGACACUUGUCAUUUUAUACUUUUAAGUACUACUGUACUUACUGUAGAGUAGUUUGAAAGAUUUAUUUUGUGAAAGAUUAUAGUAAAAAUAUUAUCUCUUUGUGGGCAAAAUUUUCCAGUGAUAAAUCACUGUACUCAUACGAGUAUACUUCUAUAAAUAGGUAUGUGUUGCGUGUGAUAUAAUUUUUAACUCGUUGUAUUUCUAGAUAUUUUCCCCAUUUCUUAUUUUAAUGAUUAAAACAGUGCUUUGUAAGCACCCAACAAUUUUAAAAUUAAUAAAAUGUCAAGUUUAUAAAAAAACAAAUUCUGCACAGUGAUUACGUGAACAAAUAAAGUGUUCAUGCAUGUUUUGAAUGGAUACUUACUUUGCUACAGUAGCAUCUUAUUGCUAUUCAAACACUGAAUAGCAAUACUGAACUACUUACUUGGGGUACCAAUGUUUAUAAACAGAUAUUGAACAUAUGUAUGGCUACAGCAAUGAUACAUAAUAUUAUAAUGCUGUAAUACAUUUUAAUCCUUCUAGAGUUGGUUUACAGUAAUUGUAAACUGCUUUAAUUCAACAAUGCUCUCUUCAAUAAAUUAGUAUACUAAAUUUAAGAUGGUAAAUAAUCAGAGUUAACUCUUCAUCACAUUAAUAACAUUAUUAUGCAUGGUUUAUAAUGAAAAUACUCAUGAACUCAUGAUAUACACUUAGUUGCCUCCACUUGUAGCCAAUAUAUCCAACAGUUUACAAGUUGUAAAUGAUAGGCAUAGAAAUAUUUACUUAACAUUUACUGGUAUAGCUGUCAAGCCAAUGAUAUGUAUUCACUUGACAUAUCUAUACUAUAAGAGUGAGUCUGUCUGUCUGUCUGUCCAGUGUUGGAGGCCAGACACCUGCGGAUAGUUUCAUCCAAAUUUUCAGGGGAAGCAGCCUGGGGUAUGGGACAGACAUAGGCCAGUCGGGGUCACCAGAAUUCAAGAGGGAAUAGCAUGCCAGGGGUACUAUUCUGACCCAAACAACAAUUUUUGGCACUGCCCACUGGCUACACCUAUCAAAAUAUUUUGAAAACUAAAAUUUCAAAAGAAACUUUUUCUUAUAGAAAUAUACACCAAUAUUCACUGAUCGUGGGGAAGUUAACAUAAAUAUCCACCUAUCCUUACUUUAGCUGUAAAAGCAUAAAAUAAGACUAUGGUUCCACAGCUUCAGAGGCUUUUUUUUUUUUUACCAACUACUUUCCCAAAGCAAAUAGAUAAUUAUCCUAUUUUGGAAUAGUUCACACUGCUACGCUCCUCCCACUCAUGACCACCCUCAUGGUAGACAAUUAUAUUUUAUGAGAUAGAGAGAGAGAGAGAGAGAGAGAGAGAGAGAGAUGGGGGGAUAGAGAGAGGGGCAGGCAGACAGACAAGACGACUCGAACAAUGGUGGGUAACCUCUCCUAGUAUGGGUGUAUAGUAGCCAAGGUAUAGAUAUGUAUAUCUACCUGACAUAAAAGCAUGCUUCAUGCAUUGGCUUAAUUUUUCUCGGUUGAUAUUACAGUGUACAUAAUUAUGUUGUAUGAUACAAGUAUCAAAGUAACAUAAGCAAAUGAUAAAGCUUUAGAAUGCAUUGUAUAAAGAUGUGCAGGUGUGGAUAUUGUGCAGCUGGUCUUUGGUUGCCCAAUCCUGCUUGAUUGAAGUCCUGCUUCUUCAAUCUGUUUGUACAAUUGUUGUUUAUUCUUCUAUAUUUUAGUUCACUGGUUUCCUUUGGAGUAAUCCAGUGCCAAAACAUUUCCAGAUACUUCACAUGUUUUAAACAAGUGACAGAGAUGGUCACUCUAAAUGUCAGCAUGAGGUUAAUAGUUUACACUAAAUUUCACAUACAAAAAUACACACAGUAAUGCAUUACAGCUUCACCAGAUACUUUAAAUAAAACACCACAGAAUAUUAAUUACAAAAAAUAAUACUUAAUAUGGGUACUCACUAAACGUCCAGAUGUUUCUCCACAUGUGAUCUUGGAAUGAUGUUUAGUCGAGUAUAGUGGUGUUAACCGAUGAAAAAGGUGUACGUUGAGGGAUAAGCCGAGAUGUUUAGUUUGAGAUCCAAAUUAUCUGCUAGACCGUUGGGUUUGAUGAAUGAAGUUGUGCUGGAUGGCAAGAAUGUACCAAUCAUAUUGCCCCAGACUAGUUCACCUUCAUGAGCUGGUGUUAAGCUGGUAUCAAGACAUAACACCACAUUGGCAAGCCAUUACUAUUAAUAUGGUCCUUCACCUUGUGUACAAAGUGUCCCAUGAACUAAAUAUAGCUUUAAAUGGACAUGCACUAGACUGAGCCUUAUAAAUCCAAGGGAAACACCUGAUCUUCCUGAAAUGCUCUUGGAUUUAGACUUUUCUCAAUCACAAGCAAUUUUAAUUAGUAUCAGCUGUAUUCGCACAGCAAAGCAGAGCGCCUCUGUCUAAACUCAGCCACACCACAUUUAUCCUCAUGUAUAACAGUCCAACAUGCACCAGUUCAAGCUUGUUCAUGAACAUUAUAAAUAUGCUUGAUUUGAUUUCCUCAAAUUCAGAGACAUACUCCUCUGUGCCUUUUGCAUCAGCAGAAUCCUUUUCACUUUAUAAUAUCACAUGCUUAAUACCAUGACAAACCAUAAAGUCUUUUAACCAUCAAUCAUUAACCUUAACUCAAUUCUUGCCACAACCUUCUCCUAAAUUUGAAUAAAAACAACAUUUUGAUUUGGUUGGUGUUACCACAGUUGUUUCUGAAUGUCAUUAUGCACAUGUAUGGAGAAUAACAGAUUUCUGUAUGUUGUGUACUAUUCAUUUAGACUUGUGUUAUGAAUUACCUCCUUGAUUUAAGCAGUAGUUUAUAAUGUAUUAAAAAAUUACUCAACUAUAAGUUCUAUGUACCAAAGCAUAGAGAAAUUUUGCCAAAUACUGAAGUCUUCUCAUACUUAAGUAUUUAUCUUCAUGUUUACACAUUCUCUGACCAUAAGAUAAUGGUAGAACCCUUACCUGAUGGAAGUCCUGAAUAUGCCACAGCUUUGAAUAUAUCAAUUUCCAGUUGCACAUCCUUACCCAUCUUAUUACAAAGGCAAUUCUGUUAAAGAAAUAAUAAUUUAAUAUUUUUAUAAAUUAAAACUAGUGUGAAAGUGAAUAUAGUUUAAGGAAUCACCGAUUUCACAAUAUUUGUUGCUAUUCCUGAAUUCAAUAUGCUUUUCUUUCUUAGCAAGGUUUGGUACUCCAGCAGAUACUAGGCAUUAUUUUUUAGACAUAACAUGCAGUGUUGUGACGGUAGAAACGUAACAUUUAAAUGACAUUAUGGAUAUCAUUUCUUGUGUGAUUGCAGUUAAACUAAUUUCUUAAAUCUGUAUCCCGUCCAUUUAAUUUAAUAAAGGAAUUUUUGCCU